CAUGAACUCCGGUAGGCGUAAUCCACCAAAUACCCCGUACUAUGGAAGACCCUAUCGGAGUUGAGCCAAGUAUAAAGGUAUCUGCACUCCGUCAAUCGCACCUCAACUCUAUAACUAUCAACCUCGCAUUUUCUAUCAAGACACCAUGGCUUCAGCCGACAACAAAGUCGACUUCGGCAAGAACUAUGCCAUCCUCAAUCUUGAUUGGAUGGCCCUUCUUCUGAACGCGGUUGAAGGGACACCGGAAGGCAAAUCGCUCAUUGCCAAUUACUCUCGAUGGAACGACGCUGUUCAUGAGAAGACUGAUCGGCCCCUUGUCGUCUUUACCACUUUGCAAUUCAACCCUGGGCAACCAGACCUGCAACCCAACACACCUUUUUCAAAACUCAUUGAACCAUUCGGUACCUUUGAAACCGGCACCCCUGGUGUCGAGAUUGACCCCCGUUUCACGGUUGAUGAGAGGGAUGUCGUGCUUCGAAAGACCAGGUGGUCUGCUACUACUGGAAACAACUUGGAGCAAAUAUUGAGAGCCCAAGGUAUCGAUACUGUUGUCAUCUCUGGAUUGAGCUUGUCUGGUGUCGUGAUGGCCACAGUUUACCGAUUAUUUGACUUGGAUUACAAGAUUUUUGUCAUCUCAGAUAACGUUUUAGAACUUCCGCCAAACCAACAUACGGAGUUCUCUAAAACUAUGCUGGAGACUCUUCUGCCCAAGAUGAACCUUCAGGCAAUCACACUUGAGCAGGCCCUUCAGGCCCUGGAUCAUUCUUAG